AUGUUCUGCCUGCAGACCUAUAGCAUCUUCCCUCACCUCCUCCUUCUUCCUUCCACCAACUCCCCAGCCAACACCCCCACGUGGCUCAGCUUGACAAUGGCCGCGGUGUCUAGUGCGCCCGAGCAGACUCAGUCCCAAAUUGAUGAAGAGACCCUUGCUCGUCUCCGCAAUGUUGGCUCUCGCGUUCGCAAGAGCGUCACGGAGGGCUUCCAGCGUACCGUUUCAGUCCCUGCGAACCCACAACAGUUCGCGACGACACGCCUGCCUUUCACCAACACUCCCUUCUUCAUCUCCUCGAACGACGCCAUGCGUGAGAUGAUCGCCCAACGCGAGGCUGUGAAGAACAAAGGACCUGCCUCCGCUCCGUCCUCUCCUCAGCAACGCCCGAAACGCAUUCACAACGGUGCUGACGAAGACAGCGACGUUGAACCUCUUGGAGGCGCCGAUGACGACAUUGAGGUCGAUCUGAGCGACGACGAAGAUAUGAGCCCAUCCGCUCGCGCCGCGGCUCUCAAGCUCAGGGAGGAGAAAGCGAAGCGCGAGAUCCUCCCGUUGAAGAGGAGCGCGAGUCGCGGAGCAGGGACGCAAUCGCUGCCGCCCAGCAUGUUCCGUUUCUCUCACGAAGGUCAGGGUGCAGCCGGGAAGUCCCAACCCGCUGUCGAGAAGAUCGAGGAGGAGGAAGAUUGGAGCGGCAACUUUGGUGGUGCGGGCAACUCUGUUGUCAAUCUCGAUCUCGAGCUCUCUUAA